GGGGAAAGGCAAGUUCUCCAAAGCUCAAAGAGCGGAUCUCUGCUUUCCCCACUAUACCAGCCUCGUGUUGCCUGGAAAGCUCUCCGUCACAGUGGCAUCCAGGAUGGACUGCUGUAAUCAAGGGGCUUGCACCAAGCUGGAUGAAGACAUCUUGGACAUUCCCCUUGAUGACCCAGGUGCCAAUGCAGCUGCGGCCAAGAUCCAGGCCAGUUUCCGUGGCCAUAUGACUAGGAAGAAGAUUAAAGGGGGUGAAAGGGAGCGCAAGAGGAAGGACCCGGAGUGUACGAGCAGCGCCCGUGCAGGGGACUUACGCAACGGCGAUUAAGCAGAUGGUGGCUAUGAAGAAGUGGAUGAAACAGCAGCAUCCAGCCAGGUUCCUGAUUGGUCCUCUGAACAGCACCUUCCAGCUUCCAGAAGAGCAAUCACCAGCCUAGCCAGUCUGACCACAGAAGAGACACAGCGCUCUGCAGCUUUCUCCCCGAACUGCCUUUGAUUCCGGAACCGUCAUUACCAUCCCUUCUGUUUGAAACAUGAUGCUGAUGCUCCCUCCUUUACCCUUUAUCACACAGACCUUGAAGUCCUCCUUUGCGCUCGCACUCCGUCCUCACUCUGCACAUACCAGUUCCUCAGCUCCUAGAUCCCAUAUUGUGUUGCACACGUCCAUUGCACAUAAACAUAUAAUGCACAUGCAUUUAUUUGCAGAACUGAUAGCCCACCCUGUGUUCCUUGACCUUUUGUGCUCGCUUUUAUCUUACUUCUUUGAUCCCCCUCGCCAGCCCUGUAGAACUUUUGGGUAUUUCCUGCAGAGCCCCAGUUUCUUAAGCGAAAUAGACAGUGGGGGGAGAGGUUACCUUUUGCAUUAUUCUUUGCAGCCCUUUUGGCUACUGGCCAGCAGGAACGAGACAGAUAACAGAGUUGGGAACAGUAAGACAGCUGUACUGGCACACAUGUAGCUUUCACCCACU